AUGGCUUCCAAAUAUUCGACUUUACCUGAUAUUGAUGAUCAACCAGAUGUUUACGAAACACCUGAUUCGAACGAGAAUGCUCCCAUUGUGUCUUUUGAAAACCAGUCGAGUGAUGAUGACGAUAAUGAGAGUGUAGUUAAAUCUCGUGUUUCUGUAAAAGAUGCAGCAAACAGAUUCAAAAGCAGCAUUGUUGACUCUACUGAUAUUGACUUUUCGGAUCGUUUAACUCGAAGAAAGAAGGCCAUGUACCGCACCUAUGUUAGACGUCCUCCUGCCAUGGAAACCAGUGAAUAUGAAAUUUUGCCCAAGGACCUGUCUCUCGACGAAACUCCUUUACAAAAGUUACGCCGUCUCAUGUUUGAAGUGCAAGAAUUAAACGAUGAAAUGGAAAAGGCCAAAGUAAAACACUUAUCUUCAGUAGUUAAGCAAAAAGGUGUUAAUGCGCCCUUUUUUUUUCUUCUUCUUUGUUAUAGGAACCAGCUGAUGCAAAAGAAACUAUUUCUCAGUCAGAUAUUCUUUCACAGAUUUCAUAUCUUCAAUCAGAUUUAG